GUAAACCCGAACCCGUGUUUUAACUGGCGCGAAACUUUAAAUUGCUUAAAAGUUAAUUGGUAUUUACACCAAUUAAUCAGGGUUAUACGGUUAAAUAUAGCUAAAGGGCAGUUAAAUUAUAAAUAUAUACAGCUUGUUCUAUGCAUACAACAAAGCAAUGAGUAGUCUUACAGAAAAAAAGUUCGUGACACUUCGUAAACGUUUGGAUCAACUGGGAUAUCGACAAGCCCUUGGAAUUGAAUCCCUUCCACUGGUCGAAAGAUUGUUCAGCGAUCUUCUGCACACAACUGAUAGCUUAAAGAAGACGAAACUUGGCAUCAGCAAACAUGUUUCCUCCAAUAAUGACACAACUCAAAUGGUGGAAGAUGCAAUCGAACCAUAUCGAGUUGAUAAUGCACGUCUUGUGCAGGAAAACAACUCCCUUCACUUGGAUUUGGUGAAAACUAAAGAAGAGCUUGAAGCUGCAAGUAAAAAUUUAAAAGCUUCCAUUCGUCAGCUUGAACACGAAAAUGCAGAUUUGAGAUUCCUAAAUUCGCAAUUUAUUCAAAAAGUAAAAACUGUAGAAAAAGAAAGUUCUUCAAAAACUGACACCAUACAAAAACUGCAAGAAAAGAAUCUACAGGCUGUCAUACAGACACCAGGUGGAAGAAAACGAACUAUUCCAUUCCGUCGACAGCGAAUGCAGAUUGACUCCACCCUUCCCCCACCCACAACUAACGCUUACAUUUCCUCCCAACCUGAUGAUCCUUACAUUGCAGAUCUUAUACAGGUUGCUGAUACAAAGAUAGCUCAACUCAGUGAGGAAUUAAAGAAGUUACAGCAAAGUGAAGAAAUCAAUUCGAAUAAAAUCAAAAACCUCAGGAGACAGGUCGAAGGACGAGAUCGUGAGAUUGAUCGUCUUAACCGGUCACUUGAGGGCGGUAGACCACAAGAUGUGAUUUCAUUAGAAGCAAAGAAUCGAAGCAAUGAACGGUUGAUUUCGCAUCUCAACUUGCAAGUCGACUACCUCCAGCAGAGCAACCAGGAGCUUGAAGAUCGGAUUAAAGAUCUGGAAGAUGGAAAAUCACUUGCAGUAGCUGAUAGUCAGAGGUUGGGAAGAGAGGUUGAGAGGUUACAUGGAGAACUUAGGGAUAUUGAUCGCUUGGCUCAACAGCUUGAACAGGACAAACAGGAAGCGGUCGUGGUCGCGGAUCGGGAAAUUCACGAAGCUCAGAUCGAGUUGAGGCAAUCCCAGCGACGUGGAGAGGGAACGGAAUCGAAGUUACAAGAUGCAAACAUGUUAAAGAAUCGCCUAAUGGUUGAAAAUGAGAAUCUACAAGCAGACUUUGAAGCAGCAAAACAAGAUAUUCAACGACUUAACGAACUAAUGGAUAAGAUACAGGCAGAUAAGAGACUGCUUAGUGACAAAGUCCAACUUUUGAGCUCGAAAGAGAAAAGUUUGAUUCUUGAGUUGGAGCAAUAUCGAACAAGUCCGUCACGUGCUCGACGCAGAGACCGAUCACCGAGUAAACUCGAUUCUUUCGUGAGAACUCUUGAGCAGGAGAGGGAUCAUUAUAGAGAUGAAUGCGAUGCUUUGCAGGCAAUGCUAAGGGAAGCGAAGGGAGGACACACAAGCAGAUCUGCCAGCCCAAGGCUCUCCAGAAGUCCAACUCGAUCCACUCCCUCUCGUAAAUUGCCUGAUGAAAAGGAAGCAAUGCGCUCCCGCAUGAAGGCGGUAGAGAGUGAGCGAGAUUUCUUUAAGCGGGAGCUUCGUCUAUUGAGGGCAGUCACGCGCAAAAGCAACGUCACUACGUCACAAUCGCACGUUACGGGUGGUGACGUCAGCGGUGACGCGUACCAGGCGUUGCUAAGGGAACGUGACGAGCUACAAUCUAUGUUAAGCAAGUUCGAACGUCACAUGGCUGAGAUCCAAACCAAUGUGAAAGUUCUCACACAGGAGAGAGAUAAAACGAAUCUGUUGUACGAACAGUCGAAUGAGGAAUUGCAGCGAUUACGUCGUGAGUUCGUCCGAUCGCCCAAGUCACCGAAAGCGUCGCUCACCGCACAGGCGAUCUUACGACGAGUGGAGAAUGAACGAGAUACUUACCUUGCUGACUUGCGACGUAUGACGACAGAACGUGAUAGUUUGCGUGAACGACUAAAGAUACAACAAGAACAGUCGAUAUCAGAACGAUCAAGACUUGAACAGAGAACCGAGGAUUUGGAAGCUAAAGCUCGAGCAUUAACUCAGGAACGUCUGGAUUUGCAGAGUCGUGUGGAUGCUUUGAAAGACGUGAACCUUGCGCAAGAGGACGACAUCAAGGCUCUGCGACUUAAGAUACAACAAGUUGAGGAAGAUUAUGCAGCAGUGAGAUGCGAACUUGAUGAUGUCAGAGCUUUAAAAAGUCAGAUCACUGGCUCACUAGAUGUCGCCCAACGCAAUCUGUCCCGAAAAUCCAGCGACCUAGCUAUGGCAGAAGAUCGAAUCAGAACUUUGGAGAACCGCAUAAGCGAGUUGUUAGACGGUUCGGCCAAGCAGACAGAAGAGGCAGCAACGUUGCGAGCUACAACUACCGCCCUCGAUCGUGAGAAAGAUGCAUUGCAGUCAGCGCUCGAUGAACGAACUGAGAGAGCUGCUGCGUUGGACGAUCACCUUAGUAGAAGAGAGAGGGAGAUAUCUGAUCUCAGGGUCACGAUUUCCGACCUAGAGGCGAAACUGGAUCGAGCUGGUGAUGAUUUGGCGAGUUCCGAACGCGAAGUGAGGAGUCUUCGUCGUCAGUUGGAUGCCACACAAAGUGAUCUUGCUGAGGCAACAAGAGCAAAGGAAACAUCACUUCGUGAAAAUAGGAGAAUGCAGGAUGACCUUUCAACUUUGACCCGAGAGAAUCAGGACAUCAACAUUGAACUCGAUGACGUCAUGCGAGAUCGCGAUGACCUCAAAAAUAAAGUUCAAGAUCACGUGACCCGUAUCUCGUCGUUGGAGAGCUCGAUCGGUUCCAAAGACCGUGAGCUGCACGAUGUACUGGAUCAGUACCGCAAGGUUUCGUCAGAGCGUGACUCAGCAGAAAGCAGGUACCGCGUCACGAAUGAUGAGUCACAGUCGCUACGUAAUGAACUGAUGUCAGCGGAAAGUGAAAGGAAGAGAUUGUCGGAAAAGAUUGCGUCUUUGGAGCGUGAGAUAUCGGAUCAUAUGCACGCCCAACAAUCGUACGAGGUCCAGAUCUCAAGCUUAAGUUCGACUGUUGCGAAUCUUGAAGCGGACGUGGAUCGUCUCCGAAACGAGAGAAGCGCGUCACAGAUCGACCUUCAAUCGGUGCGUGAGCUGAACGCGAAAAUUGACUCGUCGAAAGAAGCGCUCGGUCGGCAACUUGCCGCUAAGAAUGUGGAAUAUGAACAGUUACAAUCGAGCUACGAAGAUUUGAACAGAGAAUUGGAAAUCGUUCACAAACAUCUUGAAAGUGAGAGGGUAGGGAAUAAAAACUUGGAAGAAUUGGUGGCUACGUCAAGGGAAAAGGAAUUCCAGGCACAACUGAACUCACAGGAGCAGAAAUCGGAAGGUCAACUUCUCAGAGAUAAACUGGCUCUCAAUGAAAGCAAAUUACAAAGCAUGGGACGUGAAGUAGCGUCAUUACGUGACCGAGCAUCACAGCUUGAUGCCGAGCUUGAAGUUGCCAAGCGUCAUCUCACCAAUGAAAGAUACGAACGUGAGCGAGCAGUUCAAGAACUUCGACGUCACGGACUCCCAUCUCCGGGACUUUCCCGUCUUAGUCGCCCCCUUUCUCCUGGGUCACGACCUCGGUCUGGCAGUCCUUCCCGCGUCUCGUUUUUGGACGACACGCGGUAGUUUUCCUUUAUUUAAACCAGCAGACAGUAGCCCUGUAGACCUCACUUUAUAAGUUGCAGCCGCUCUCGAGCAUGAUAAUGUAUAAACAUAUUAUAACGUCAUAUGCGCGAUCACUCAGCGUGUUCCGAACCACUCUAUAACAUACAGCACGAACAUGUAACUUAUUAUUAUAACGAGGAUCGUCUUGUGCCAAACCAAACCACACACACACCUGCAUCUAUCGCUUCAUCUCCUCUUGCCUUGUUCCCUCCGUAUUAUGCAAGGACUUGUGCAGUAACAACGUCGUGUGAUAUCUUAUCACUGUUCUUAUCAGAAAAAGGCAACGCAUCCUCUUUGGUCCUCACACGUCUUCAGAGUCGUGUUUUUUCCAUUUUGCUUAGUUUGUUACGUAGGCGUUCCCCUUGUUAGUUUCAUGACUGGAUUCGGUUGCCUUGACUGGCGGAAGAUAACGAAGCUUUGUUCGAGUUUAGAAACAAUGUAAUAGUUUGUAUACAAAAGUGUUUUUUUUCCUUUUUGUAUUUUUGCAAAGAAACAAAUAUACUUGUUAUGUUUUCUAA